AUGGCCCCAUCCAAUUCUUCUGCCUCUUUGCCCACUCUCUUCUGGGUCAAUGGCUCUGCAGACGGCGUGCUGAGUACCGACGGCGCUGCAAUGCCUGCCCAGUUCCUUGCCCUGAGGAUCAUGGUUGCAGUGGCCUACGGACUUGUCGGUCUCAUCGGCUUGCUGGGAAACUCGGCUGUGCUGUGGGUGCUAGGUAACUGUGCUCAGCGUGCCCCUGGCCCGCCUUCUGACACCUUCGUCUUCAGCCUGGCUCUGGCCGACUUGGCACUGGCCCUCACUCUCCCUUUCUGGGCAACUGAGUCAGCAAUGGAUUUCCACUGGCCUUUCGGAAGUGCCCUCUGCAAGAUCGUCCUGACCAGCACUGUCCUCAGCAUCUACGCAAGCACCUUCCUCAUCACAGCGCUGAGUGUCGCCCGAUACUGGGUCGUGGCUAUGGCUGUGGGACCAGGAAGCCAUCUCUCGGUCUUUUGGGCCCGUGUGAUCACCCUGGUAGUGUGGGUGGCGGCUGCCCUGAUGACUGUGCCCACAGCAAUCUUUGGGGCCGAGGGUGAGUUGUGGGGCGUGCGCCUCUGCCUUCUGCGCUUCCCCAGCAGAUACUGGCUGGGGGCGUACCAGCUACAGAGGGUGGUGCUGGCCUUCGUCCUGCCCCUGGGCAUCAUCACCACCAGUUACCUGCUGCUGCUGGCCUUUCUACAGCGGCAGCAGGGAGGCAGGCCAAGACGGUGGCAGGACAGACAGGUGGUAGCCCGCUCCGUCCGUAUCUUGGUGGCUUCCUUCAUCCUCUGCUGGUUCCCCAACCAUGUGGUCACUCUUUGGGGAAUUCUGGUAAAGUUUGACCUGGUGCCCUGGGACAGUACUUUCUACACCUUCCAUACGUAUGUCUUUCCUGUCACCACCUGCUUAGCACACAGCAACAGCUGCCUCAACCCUGUGCUCUACUGUCUCCUCCGACAGGAGCCCAGGCAGGUUCUUGUCGGCUCCUUCAGGGAUCUCUGGUCAAGGCUGGGGCCCCAGAGCAAGGCCUGCACGGAACAAGUGGCCCUAAAGGAGGUAGGUGGGAGAUGGGUGGCCGGCACCCAGGAGGAUGGCCCUUCUACAACAGGCACAAACACAAGACACUUGGAUGAAAGAUGCAACGUAAACACUCUUUUGAGAUCUAUCAAGGGGCACAGCCCGCAGGUUCUAGGGAGAAGCUGUUCUCUCUGCUUGGCUGCAGAUCACCAACUCUGGGCGUGGUGGAAGCCAGAAGACGGGAGUCUAAGGGAGGAGGUGGGUGUGGCAAAGUUUAUCUCUGGAGAUGGCGAAGAGGAACUGUGA